GUGUGUAGUUAUGAUGAGAUGGCUCUGAAGGACCUCCCUGUGGUGGUGAACCAGAUCCUGAAGGUGACGGGUCAGGAGCAGAUUUACUACAUCGGACACUCUCAGGGAACCACCAUCGCAUUCAUAGCGUUCUCCGCGCUGCCCGAGCUGGCCAAUAAGAUCAAGAUGUUCAUCGGUUUAGCUCCCGUAGCGACUGUCUCCUUCGCCUCCAGCCCGAUGGCCAAACUCUCCGUCAUGCCCGACUUCUUCAUCUGGGAUCUGUUUGGUAGGCGGGACUUCCUGCCUCAGAGUCACAUGAUCGAGUGGUUUGCAGAACACAUUUGUGCGGAGCAGCCUCUCAGCAAGCUGUGCGGAAACAUUUUUUUCAUCCUCUGCGGCUUCGACGAGAAGAACCUCAACGUGUCUCGGACGCCGGUCUACACUGAACACUGUCCUGCCGGGACCUCGGUCAUGAACAUGGUCCACUGGGCCCAGGCGGUUCACGGAGGGAAACUGAUGGCCUUCGACUUUGGAGCCAGAGGGAACAUGAAACACUACAACCAGGUGAGACUCUGCAACACCUGAGAGUCUCUUAGUUCA